AUGUCUGUAGAUUGUCAGGCUUGUGGUGUCCAAGUGUCUGAUGGUUUUUACAUGAUAUGUUCCAAAAAACAGUGCGAAAAAGUCUAUGAUUUAAAUUGCCUAGGAGUGACACAAAAUGAAUUCAGUUCCUUCUCGGAAAAACACACGAAGCAAUGGGUCUGUCUGGAGUGCGUUUCUUCUAAACCUAAACCUAAACGCUAUGACUCGCAUACACCUGUCAGGAGCAUCCCGGAGCUAAAAACAUGCACGCCCAGAGCCAAUGUCAACACUCAACUGGGAAGCCGCAAGAAAUUGAUGGAUGAAUCAAUUAUUGAGUGUGAUAGUAAUAAUAGAGAUGAUAAUUUUUUGUCCGAGUUUAGACAGUUUAAAUAUGAAGUAUUAAGCUAA